CGAGUCCUUUCGAUUAACUUGCCAAGCCCAGAGGAGAGAUCCCGGGAGAGGGAGGGUCCCGUUCAGACGCGCAAACCCCAGGACUCCGGAAGAGCCCUUUAAUGCAGCUACUUGGGGGACCGCACGUCUCACCUCUUCCAAGUUUGCGGCGGAGAGAAUAAAGCAGAGACAGGAAGAGGAGGUGGAGUUCUACAGUUAGUGCGGUUUUAGUUUCUCCUAAGAAGUGGCGUGGUUUGGGUCUUUAUAUACGGCUCUGCAGGAGGCCAGGGGGGCCCACUCCGCCUAUCGCUCCCCGCGGCUACGCUGCCACUUCAAUGCCCCGCAGGUCGCGAGCUCCUGUUCUCUCGAAGGCGUCGGAGAACCAGGGGCGCCCCGCGCCACCUCUGACUCGGAGCAGCGCCGAGCACUGACGCUCGAUCCCUUGGGCACGGUCGCCAGUGCGCCCGCGCGCGUCCCUCUGCGCGGCAGCCAGUCGCUGGCCCUCAAGGGGAAGCCCAGGCCAGGAUGGCCCCGGGCCGGGCGGUGGCCGGGCUCCUGCUGCUGGCGGCCGCCGGCCUCGGAGGAGUGGCGGAGGAGCCGGGACUCUCCUUCAGCGAGGAUGUGCUGAGCGUGUUCGGCGCGAAUCGGAGCCUGUCGGCGGUGCAGCUACAGCACCUGCUGGAGCAGAUGGGAGCCGCCUCCCGCGUGGGCGCCCCGGAGCCUGGCCAGCUGCACUUCAACCAGUGUUUAUCUGCUGAAGAGAUCUUUUCCCUUCACGGCUUUUCAAAUGCUACCCAAUUAACCAGCUCCAACUUCUCUGUCAUCUGUCCAGCAGUCUUACAGCAAUUGAACUUUCACCCAUGUGAGGAUCGGCCCACACACAAAACAAGACCGAGUCAUUCAGAAGUUUGGGGAUAUGGAUUCCUGUCAGUGACAAUUAUUAAUCUGGCAUCUCUCCUCGGAUUGAUUUUGACUCCACUGAUAAAGAAAUCUUACUUCCCAAAGAUUUUGACCUUUUUUGUGGGGCUAGCUAUUGGGACUCUUUUUUCAAAUGCAAUUUUCCAACUUAUUCCAGAGGCAUUUGGAUUUAAUCCCAAAGUCGACAAUUAUGUUGAGAAGGCAGUUGCUGUGUUUGGUGGAUUUUACCUACUUUUCUUUUUUGAAAGAGUGCUUAAGAUGUUAUUAAAGACAUAUGGUCAGAAUGGUCAUACCCACUUUGGGAAUGAUAGCUUUGGUCCUCAAGAAAAAACACAUCAACCUAAAGCAUUACCUGCCAUCAAUGGUGUAACGUGCUAUGCAAAUCCUGCUGUCACAGAAGCUAAUGGACAUAUCCAUUUUGAUAAUGUCAGUGUGGUAUCUCUACAGGAUGGAAAAAAAGAGCCAAGUUCAUGUACCUGUUUGAAGGGGCCAAAACUGUCAGAAAUAGGGACGAUUGCCUGGAUGAUAACGCUCAGUGAUGCCCUCCACAAUUUCAUCGAUGGCCUGGCGAUUGGGGCUUCCUGCACCUUGUCUCUCCUUCAGGGACUCAGUACUUCCAUAGCAAUCCUAUGUGAGGAGUUUCCACACGAGUUAGGAGACUUUGUGAUCCUACUCAAUGCAGGGAUGAGCACUCGACAAGCCUUGUUAUUCAACUUCCUUUCUGCAUGUUCCUGCUAUGUUGGACUAGCUUUUGGCAUUUUGGUGGGCAAUAAUUUUGCUCCAAAUAUUAUAUUUGCACUUGCUGGAGGCAUGUUCCUCUAUAUUUCUCUGGCAGACAUGUUUCCAGAGAUGAAUGAUAUGCUGAGAGAAAAGGUAACUGGAAGAAAAACCGAUUUCACCUUCUUCAUGAUUCAGAAUGCUGGAAUGUUAACUGGAUUCACAGCCAUUCUGCUCAUUACCUUGUAUGCAGGAGAAAUCGAAUUGGAGUAAUAGAAAAUGGAAGAUGGUGUUGUUAAUAAAGGCAUUUAACAGAUCAAAACAUCUCCAAAAGGAUUUUGAAUCUGAUCCUAGUUAGUUAAGAUAAUUUUGCUUUCAACUGUAGGUCAAGAAAACUAAUUAUUGGCUUCAGUCUGUGAAAUAGUCCAUUAUUUGUUGUUAAAAAUGCUUCAAAAGUUUUUCAGUGUCAGUCUGAGAUGCCUGGUAUAUAGGAGUCGUUGGGAAAUACUUAUUUUUCAGUAUUUCAUGCAUACUGGAUAUCAUCGUGAAGCAAGAGACACACAUUUCAUAAUCAUGUAGACACUCAGGCAAAAAUACAAGGUAUGUCCUGAAAGCCUUUAAAACUGUAUGGUAGGAUCAAAGAUUCAAGUGGUUUCAGAGUGGUUUUAUUUCCAUUAAUUUGUUCUAGUGCUUUCAAGAGCAAGUACAUCAAAAUGUAGAAUGUAAAAUGUAUGCAACACUAAUAUAAAUGAAUGCAAGUCUUUAAGGAGCCAAAGAAAAAAAUAUUUCUCACAGCUUUUUGUUCUGUUUUGUAUUUCAAUUAGGAAUUCAUAGGAUUAUUUUGAAAACUAUUCUAAAAUAAUAGGAGUUAGUAAUUUAAUAAAGUUUUGCUAGCCCUGCUAAGUUCAGGCUUAGAAGCUUAUUGCUAAAUGUAAACUUCACCAGAUUCCAUGAAAAGCUGGAUAGCUUUCUUUUCUGACGUCUGUUGUGGUUGCACCCCUCACAAAUGGCAGAACAGUAUGUAAAGCUGGUAACACCUCAGUUUCAGUGCACCAUGUGUUUGCUUUGUGAAGGUGAAGAAUAUGUUGCUUUAGAGAAAGAAAUUGGAUGCAAUUUUAUGCAACUUACUUUUAAAGACGAACAUAAUUAUUUAGCAGAGAAUAUUUUAAUAAAUGCAAAACAACAGCUGGACUGCUGUACAUCAAGAACUGAUUAACUGGAAAACAUAUGUUCCUUAUGUGUGAUCGAGAGCCAGUCAGAAAAGACUUCUUUUGUGUUCACCCUACACUUUUCCAUGUGGUAUACCUUGGAAAAAAAUUACCAUACCAUGGUUAUUUUUUUACCUUUUAUAAAAGAGCCUUUUAUAAAAAAGAGUUUACUCAUUUAGAAGAUAGGGAAAAUUAGUCUAAAAUUGAACUUCUUAGAUUCACACUCCCAAGUCACUUAAGGGAAGAUGAUUUGAUGGUGAGGAAAAUAAUGGACAAAGCCCAACAAUGAUCUCAGGAAUUAUAUUUUCCAACAGACCAAAAAAUGUUUUCAUGUAGCAGCAAUGCAGAUUUGGUGAAUAUUUAAUAUAUAUUUUGGUAUAUAUUUCACUUUAUGACUGACAAUUAAAAAAUUAUUUGACUGAAUAGUAAACACCUUUUGAAACCA